GGUGUUGAGCAUGGAGGUGUUCCCGUCUCCGUUGGAGUCCGCCAAGUUUAUAGCUGACAACAGCAAAGAUGUUUUCGUGGAUGAGGACGGGGCGCGGCGGGUGGCGGAGAGUUUGUUCGACAAAGCAUCGGCAGCGGAGUUUGGGCUGGCAGGGUGGAAGAGCCUCCACGAGCUGAAUCCCCGCGCCGCCAGCGAGGAGGCGGUGGCCUGGGUGUUCCUGGUGGACACCCUCAACUUCUCCUUCUGGUCUGAGCAGGAGGAGCAGAAGUACCUGGUGAAGUACAAGGGGAAAACCUACAGCGGUUACUGGUCCCUCUGUGCCGCCGUCAACAGGGCCCUCGACAACGGAAUACCUAUUACCAGUGCGUCAUAUUUUGCCACAAUGACGCUUGACCAAGUUAAGCAUGUAUUGCGCUCUGACACGGAAGUACCCAUUCCUUUGAUUGAAGAAAGACACCGAGUACUGAAUGAAAGUGGAACAGUUCUGUUAGAGAAGUUCGGAGGCUCUUUCCUCACUUGUGUUAAAAUGAGUGAGAAAAGUGCUCAGAAACUGCUACACCUGGUACUGGAAAAUUUUCCUUCUUACAGAGAUGAAACUAUAUUUGAGAAAAGAAAAGUGUCUUUCUACAAACGGGCACAAAUACUUGUGGCUGACACAUGGAGUGUACUAGAAGGCAAAGGACAUGGCUUUUUUGAUGACAUUUCUAGUCUGACAAUAUUUGCUGACUACCGAAUUCCUCAAGUUCUUGUUCACUUAAAAGCAAUGACGUAUUCUGAAGAACUAAUGAAGAAACUAUGUGAAGGAACAAUUUUCCAGUCUGGAGAUAGAGAGGAGGUGGAGAUCCGUGGCUGUUCUAUUUGGUGUUGUGCAUUGAUUUGUAAGCACCUGCUGGAACUUUAUGAGAAGAAGGGUCAGGACAUGCGUGAGAAGAUCAAUGCGGUUCUACUCGAUUAUUACCUUUGGGACUAUGCCAGGGAUCACAGGGAAGAGAUGAAAGACAUUCCGUUUCACCGGGUACGGUGUAUAUAUUACUAAGUUCAGCCUGAUAACUGUUUUGUUGGUGCAUUACCUUUCUGAAUUGUGAUUUUUCUUUCCAUACAGUGGUUUGUUAUAUUCUGAUUUUGGACUGGUUAAAUCAAAAGUUCUGAUGAUGAUGUAUUAGCAUCUUGUUGCUUUUUUUUUUUUCUGCUUACACUUGCCAUGACUGGAAUUAAUGGUGUAAACUUUGCUGGACAAUCCAUGUUA